AUGCCCCCCAAGACUGGAAAGAAGGUCGCCCCCGCGCCUUUCGGCUCGAGGAGCGCUGCCUCUAAGAAGGCUCCCAAGAACCCCCUUAUCGAGAAGCGUCCCCGCAACUUCGGUAUCGGCCAGGAUAUCCAGCCCCGCCGAAAUGUCGCCCGCAUGGUGAAGUGGCCCGAGUAUGUCCGCCUCCAGCGCCAGAAGAAGAUCAUCAGCAUGCGUCUCAAGGUGCCCCCGGCGCUCUCCCAGUUCCAGCACGUCCUUGACCGCAACACCGCCGCCCAGGCUUUCAAGCUCCUCAACAAGUACCGACCUGAAACCAAGGCCGAGAAGAAGGAGCGUCUCCUGAAGGAGGCCACCGCCGUCAAGGAGGGCAAGAAGAAGGAGGACGUCAGCAAGAAGCCCUACACCGUCAAGUACGGUCUCAACCACGUUGUUGGCCUCAUCGAGAACAAGAAGGCUUCUCUUGUCCUCAUCCCCAACGACGUCGACCCCAUUGAGCUCGUCGUCUUCCUUCCUUCUCUCUGCCGCAAGAUGGGCAUCCCCUACGCCAUCAUCAAGGGCAAGGCUCGUCUCGGUACCGUCGUCCACAAGAAGACCGCUGCUGUCCUCGCCCUCACUGAGGUCCGCUCCGAGGACAAGAACGAGCUCUCCAAGCUCGUCACCGCUAUCAAGGAUGGCUACGUUGAGAAGCACGAGGAGGCCCGCCGCAAGUGGGGUGGUGGUAUCAUGGGCUUGAAGUCCCAGAACAAGACCCUCAAGAAGAUCAAGGCUCGUGAGUCUGCCCUCAAGAUCUAA